UAUUACAGUUGACAAACUCCUGGUUGCAGCUCCAAAGAGAUCAAUGGCGGUAACUGUCGAAGCCAAAGUACCAUCGGCCUUGCAGAAGACCACAACAUUCCAUGUGUUGGGCAUGUGCUGCAGUUCAGAGGCAGCGAUCAUACACAAGAUACUGAAUCCUCUGCCAGGAAUUGAGAAUGUCUCUGUCAAUGUUUCGGCAAAAACUGCAACUAUUGUCCAUGAUCCCACCUUAAUUCCAGCUUCUCAGAUAGUGAACUCUCUGAACGAUGCGAGAUUGAAUGCUGAAAUUCGAGAGCUUGGACAAUUUAAGACCAGAAAGCUGUCGUGGCCCAGCACAAACACUCUAUGCUCCGGGGCUUUGAUGGUCGUGGCCCUGUUUGGUUACAUCUAUCCUCCACUGAAAUGGGUUGCCCUGGCUGCAAUUGCUGUUGGAAUUCCUAACAUGUUGCUUCGAUCAGUAACUGCUCUUCGGCGCUGCAUGCUGGAUAUUAAUGUCCUCAUGGUGAUCGCAGUUUCUGGAGCUGUCGCUCUUGGAGAUUACCUUGAAGGAGCAUCCGUCGUCUUCCUCUUCACAUUAGCCGGGUGGCUCGAAACCAAGUCCACAGAAAAGGCCCGAGCUUCAUUGGAGUCACUCAUGGAGUUGGCACCUCGAACUGCAGUUAUUGCAGAAACGGGGGAGAGAAUACCUGUGAAAGAUAUCAGGCUGCAUACAGUGAUUUCAGUUAAGGCCGGAGAGUGCAUCGCCGUUGAUGGAGUGGUGGCGGCUGGGCAGGCUGCUGUCGAUGAAAGUAGCUUGACGGGAGAAUUCAUGCCUGUCGAUAAGGAGAUUGGUUCAAAAGUAUGGGCUGGAACCAUGGUCCUCACAGGGUUCAUAAACGUGCGGACGGAAGCGCUAGAAGAGGAUUCGGCAGUUGCUAGGAUGGUGAAGCUUGUGGAAGAUGCACAGAAUCAAUGCUCGCGCAUGGAGCUGUUCAUAGAACGCUUUGCCAAGUAUUAUACACCAGGUGUUGUCUUGAUAGCUGCCGGCCUCGCAGUUAUACCAUGGGCAUUGGGUCUGCAUGAUUUUCAACAGUGGAUCUAUAUUGCACUUGUUCUCCUCGUGGUGGCAUGUCCAUGUGCGCUAGUGAUCUCCACGCCAAUUGCCACAGCAUGUGGUUUGUCAGCUGCUGCCAAGAUGGGUCUCCUAGUCAAGGGCGGAAACUACUUUGAGGUGUUAGCGAAAAUAAAAACCAUAGCAUUCGACAAGACUGGGACAUUAACCCAAGGAAAAUUCGCAGUCACAGAUAUGCAGUGCAUUGAAUCACAGACCGAUUCCAACCAAAUGCUAUAUUGGAUCUCGAGUCUAGAGAAUCAGUCAAGCCACCCCAUGGCGACAUCCCUGGUCACAUACGCCAGGCUCCAUGGCAUUGAACCGGCAACCGAGGUACAAAAUUUCGAGAGCAUUCCAGGAGAAGGGAUAUAUGGUCUUGUAAAUAAUCACAUAAUUCAGAUUGGAAAUGCACGGCUAGCCCAACGCAAUGGGUGGAUGAAAGAGGGUCAAUGCCAUAUCAAUGAAGCAGGAGUCAUGGUUGGAUAUGUGGGGGUGGACGGACGCCUUGUUGGGUUCUUCUGCCUAGCAGACCAAAUACGCAGCGAAGCAAUAGCAGCAGUCCAGGAACUGCAGAAACUAGGGAUCCAAGUGAUCAUCCUAACCGGAGACUCUAAUGCCACAGCGGAACUGAUCGGACAGCAGAUUGGAAACGUAAGGGUUGAGUCAGGUCUGGCGCCAGCGGAGAAAGUGAAAAGGGUCGCCGAGCUCAAGAAAGAGGGCAGCCCAACAGCUAUGGUGGGUGACGGAAUCAACGACGCACCAGCUCUUGCAGCUGCAGACCUGGGGAUAGCAAUGGGUGUAGCAGGGUCAGCAGUGGCAAUAGAAACAGCCGAUGUAGCACUGAUGUCAAACGAUCUCCGGAAGAUACCAGAAGCGGUGAAGUUAGCAAGGGAAUGCAUGAGGAAGGUAUACCAGAAUGUGGGCUUCUCGUUGGGAGUGAAAGCAGUGUUCUUAGGCUUGGCAUUUGCAGGAGUUGCAUCGUUGUGGGCAGCUGUGUUUGCAGACAUGGGAACAUGUCUGCUGGUCAUCUUCAACAGCAUGCUGCUCUUACGACAGAGGAAGAUGGAGCAGCAGCAGAAUGUAAGAAUCAGUGGUUCGAGUUCAAAAUCGGAGAGGGAGGAUGACUUGCUUGAACCUCUGCUAUCAUUAGAAGAGGGUGGAGAAAGGGAGGAGAAUGAGAGUUCAUGUUGUAGGAAAGGUUGUUGUGGGGAGAAGCGCACUGCAGGAUCUGCUUGAAUUGGCCUUGGAUAUUGGCUGGUGUGCUCUUACAAGGAAUUUGGUAUAGACCCAUUCCAUGGUUAGCGAACAUAUGCAGGGACACGAUCUCAUGUUAAACACCCAAAGCAGAAUUUCAUUCCUAGUGAAAUGCAGGACGAUCAGAUGGUGAUGGGAACUUUCUAA